AUGCCGGUGAACAUCACAAAUGUGCUGAUGGCAGCGCCGAGACGCUCCUGCGCGUUGACGUCACACAGCCCUGUGCUGCAGAGCGGCGGCCUGCUCCUCCUGCAGAGCCGAGGACGCACCGACAACACAACACAAAACCCACAGAGAGGGGAAGAGAGCCUCAUGCCCGUGGGAGUGGGUGUGGAGGCCCGGGACAGACCUGGAUCAUAA